GGGGCACCGCAAGACAAGCUUAAACUUGGCUCUUUGCAGUCGUAUGAUUUUCAGGUGUAGUUCAGCGCAAGGAUCGGUCGGUCUCUCGCUCACUCGAUUGAACGGCUGAGGUUUGAUUCCGAAAAUUUCAAUCUUGUGGUUUGACUAAUAUCUCGAAAAAAUGGCUCAACAGCUACCUCGAAUCUUUACCCGAAGCUUUUCAGCAUCCUCUGCUUCUCAUCAGAUGGUAAAGCCUCCGGUUCAAAUAUUUGGAAUUGAGGGACGCUAUGCCACAGCUCUGUACUCUGCCGGUCACAAGGAGAAGCAGUUGGAGGCAGUAGAGAAGGACUUGAAGGACAUUCAAGCUGGUAUCAAAACCAAGGGGAAGCUUGCGGACUACGUAUUGAACCCUUCCAUCAAAAGAGGAGAAAAGCGCGACUUCAUUGUGGCUGCAAUGGGUGGGACGAAAGCCUCCAAGUUAACCACAAACUUGCUGGGGCUGUUGGCGGAAAAUGGUCGACUUAACAAAUUGAACGGCAUUGCAACUGCUUUCGCAACGUUAAUGAGUGCUCAUCGUGGAGAAAUUGAAUGUGGCGUGACAACUGCCAAACCUCUUGAUGCUGCUCUCCGACAAGAAUUGGAAGCUGCGCUGAAAAUGUUUGUGAAAUCUGGGCAAUCCAUCCAAAUUAAAACCAGCGUAGACCCCACUAUUUUAGGAGGAAUGAUUGUAUCAAUCGGGGAUAAGUAUGUGGACAUGAGCACGGCUGCUAAGAUCAAGAGGUAUUCUAACCUCAUUCAAAGCUCAGUGUAGGAGACGUAUAAUUGGUUCGAAUUGUAGUCCUACGUAAUAGUCUAAACACCAGUCGCGAGCACUAUAUAUAAAUAUAUCAAUUGAAAUGCUUAAAAAAUAAAUUCUAGAUGCUUGUGUAAGGAACCUUUGAUCAUUGUUGUAAUCAUUAAAUUAUCUCUAAAUCUUGUA